AUUUUGUGUUUGUAUUUGGGAUUUGGGUGCAUGCCAUUUUUAGCAAAUAGCGGGUUUUGAAACGGUAAAAAAAAAACGUGCAAAAAGUGACCGAGAAAGUACUUUCGUGUUUCCGGAAGAGAAUUCGUACAUUUUAAGGAUUUAAGGACCAAAGUCAUGGCUCUAGCAAGGAUCUUCGUCAAACCAUCAAAGAUGCUCGGGCAAGUAUUUAAAAAUUCUUCCACCGCCCUAAAAAACCUGCUACCCACCCUUUCCCAGAUUCCUCCCAUGCAAAAAUCCCGACCCAUCAGCAAUUUGGCUGUUGAACAUGAAACUGUUGAAGAGAUGAUUUGCAGAUACGAAUGUAUUUUUGGUCGCGAUGACGCCGACGGCUGGGACGUGCGCCAAGCAAUGAACGACCUCACGGGUUACGACUCGGUACCGGAACCAAGAAUCAUUAUCGCCGGUUUACACGCGUGCCGACGUCUCAACGAUUACGCCAUGGCCGUGCGUUUUCUCGAGCUGGUCAAAGAUAAGUGCGGAAAUAACGUGAACGAGAUUUAUCCUUAUAUUGUUCAGGAAAUUGGACCGACCGUUGCCGAUCUCGGAUGUGAUUUUCCAGAAAAUUUGGGUUACGAUAAGCCCGAAUUGUGGCUGGUUAGUCCAUAUGAUAUGUGAAAAGUCUCUUUUAUUAAUAAUAUGUUAGAUAUUUUUUUUGGUAAAUACAACUUUCUUCUUUAU